UGGGCAAGUCAAACCGACCGCACAGCACAGAGCAUUGUGUGUGAGAAGAGUGUUUUAUUUUUCCUUGUGAUUGCAAAACCCGCGAACUAACAAAACUGUCCGGGAGGAAAUCCGAUGUCCUGUACCGGCUUUUGAAUUUGUUAAAAAAGUGUACAAGCUGUUUUAUGGAACAUGUCGGAGUCAGAAUUUUACAUGCAGUGUGAGGAAGAGGAACUUGCACCAUGUCAAAGUAACGUGGAUGAGACAUAUCAAUCUGAAAACAUAAAUCAUGUUUAUAAUGGACAUGCAGCAGCUCCACUAUGCAGCACCUCCACUACAGCUCCUGCUCCCACCAUCAAGACAGCACUUCUUCCAAUUGUUCCUGGUUCUGUUGUAUCGCAACCAUUAUUGGCUGGUGUUCUUCAAUCUGUUCAGAUUGCUGCAGGUGGCAUCAAGGGGCAACCCAUCUACAUUACACCAAAGCCGUCUAUGGGCAAUCAACAGAACAUUGCAACCCAAGUUGGUUACCUCCUGCCUACAGGCCAGGCUGUUGCUUUCCUGACACAUACUCAGGCAGGCUCCUUGAUCUCCCCUCAGCUUGUGUCACCAUCAAGCACGCCACAACCAGGAGCUGUUCAGAUCCCAAUUACUAUCAUACAGAACUCAUCUGCAGUACCAACCAUCACCACAGUAGCCUCCAGUGGGGUACCAGCUGUGGGCACCUCACCUUCUACCAGUCUUCCUCAGAUCUCUCCAACUGUUUUAGAACUGCCAUCAACAUCAUUUGCAGCACCAUCUCACCAUUCUUUUCCUGAUGAAUCCAAAACCCCCUAUCAAGUCUCCUCUAUAAAGACCCGAGCUGGAGCCCGGAGAUCUGCUUUUACUUCCAGAGUAUUUCAGAGUGUUAAGACGCCACACUCAUGUUCUCGCUGCAAUGUGGCCUACAAACUUGUUCAUGAUCUCCGUGGCUACAUGUGUCACUGCAAUCCAGAGCUCAUUAACAGUGUCCAUGCAUUGACGGCCAUACCCAGAAAAAAGUACACUCGGAGCAAGCGGAGCAGUGACCUAAUGCAACCCACGACCUAUAUGCAUAAGAGCAUUACCCCACCCCCUACCCCCUCAUCCACUGUGAGCAGCAAAUAUCCAACAUCCUCUUCCUCUCCUCCUUGUAUGAAAAGCAUUACGACAUCUGAGAUACCGGAGGGAGUUCUCAGCCCUGGCACUGGCGACUAUGACGCACAAGGCAAGCUUAUAAUACUCGUGGAAGACUUCUACUACGGGACGGACCCUGGAAAGCCUGUCCUGAUAGAGAAUAACAGGAAGUCCAUCAUGAUGAAAUGUCAUCUCUGUGACAAGAAGCUAAAGAACAACAUCAAGCUGAUGAAUCACAUGAGGCACCAUAUGGAAAUGGAACAACAAAGGGGUGAUGCGACAUCUCACAAUAUGUGUCAGCACUGCUUCCGCAACUUUGGCACGCCCUUCUCCCUGCAGUGCCACCUCGAAACCGUCCACAGCAAAGUAGAAUCUGCAUCAUGCUGCAAGAUUUGUGAGUUGUCUUACGAAAACACUCCGCUAUUUUUGCACCAUAUGAAAAACCUUCACAAGCCCGGUGAAAUGCCUUAUAUGUGUCAGGUUUGCAAUUUUCGCUCCUCGUUUUACGAUGACGUUAUAAGUCACUUUCGCGAACUUCACAAAGACACAGCCAACCUUCUUUGUCCUUACUGCCUCAAAGUGUUCAAGUCUUGCAACGGCUUUCAGCUCCACUUCAACAAGCACCAGAAAAAGUCGGUGUUGCAUUGCGAUAAGUGUCGACUUCAGUUCCUUUAUGCAAAAAACAAGACAGAGCACAAGCUUAUAUUUCACCAGACCCACCUAAAACCUGUGCAGCUGCUUGGACUUAAGCCUGGCACUAAGAUAACUAUCCGGGCUUAUUCAGUCACUAAGGAGAACGAUAACACUAACUGCAAUAAACCGAGUACAGACAGUGAAAGCUCUACUACAUCCUCCAUUCCUGCACCUCAGAGUGUUAUACAGAGAAUCACACCUGCAAAAAGGAAACCUGUGGAAAGCCUGUUGAAAAUUAUGACCAAGUUCCAACAACAGUGCGUGCCUUCAAGAACGUGGUUCUGUAUAGAAUGUAACUUUGAGAUUCCAGAUUUCUCUGUUCACUUCCCCACAUUUGUGCGCUGCUCCUUGUGCCGUUAUAACACCUGCUGCUCGAGAGCGUACGCAAACCACAUGAUCAGUAAUCAUGUUUCUCGCAAAACCACCACUAAAUACCUGAACUUGUACAAGCCCUGUCCUAAGUUGGGAAAACUAAGCUGCAAUACCUGUGAUUAUUCCACUGAGAUUGGAGACCUGAUGGCCACGCAUCUGGCUAAAAACCCAAGCCAUGCCUUCAGCUACUGCAGAUUCAAUGAGGGAUUUUCUCGUGGCUAUAAGAGGUUUGUCUUCGUUCCAAGUGACCUGAUUCGAAGAAGCCAUAGUGGGAUUGUCAUACAGAAGAAAGACCUGCAAGUAGAUCAGAAUUCACUUCCACAAGCUACUAAUUCUGUGCCCCAUCCCAACCCUUGCAUAAACCCCCCUGAUAGCUUUGCACACACCCCAUCUAUUCCCCAUGAAGUACAACCUGUUGUUGAAAGCACAGUGCCUGAUAAGAAUUGUGGGACACAGCCAAAGGAUUCAACACAACAGAAAAUGGCACUGUCCAUGGAAGCCCAGACUAAAGCUGGAGAUCAAGAUGGAGGAUCUCUUACAAUAGCACAGCUCAAGAUUGUGCUCUGUGCUCUGUGCUCUGGCGUUCCUCAUGCAGCCAACCAGUUUGAUAGUCAGCCGGAGGAGGUCCAGUCAUUGAUACUUAAACGCCAGCUUCAGCUUGGUCCACCAAAGAGCAGGGAAGGGUUAAUUCCUCGAGCAAGUGAUCGGUUAGCCGAGUGGGUGUUGUGCCAACGUGAGCAGCAGCUUCCAAUAGAUGAAAUAAGUAUUUUUUCCAAAGCUGCAGAGUUUAUGAGCGCUGAUGGUGGGCCAGGCAUUUCAUACGGCUGGGCUGUAGACUUCCUGAUAAACCAUGGUUUAUCUAUGCAGUCGUUGGCCACGUCCCACCGACUGUUACCCCAUAAAGUUCAGGAUCGCCUGCAAAAUUUUCCUUCUUAUAUAAAUAAGCAGAUCACCUCAUACUGCUUGGGUUUGUCAACCAUUGCUACUAUGGAUGAGCUUUCUAUUUUUAUAGACAUGGAGCAGCUCGAUCCUGCCUCAGCUGAUUCUUCUUCGAUGAUGUCCGCGUUUAAGUUGGUUGGCGAAAAAAAUCCACUUUUAGAUGUUGUAAUCGCUUCUCUAGCUGAUGGCACCAUCUUACCUACCGUAGUGUUUAUUAGAGGAGACCCUCUGAGCACGGAUGAACAGCCUUUGCCAGAUAUCAUUUUGGAGGCCAAGGUAGGCGGCUUUUCUGAUAAAGAACGACUUCAGCUGUGGUUUGACAAAGUGUGGCAUCGGCAUGUGGCGCCAAAUUCUGGAGUCAAGGGGUUGCUUUUAAUCGACCCGUAUCGAGGUCACCUAAGUAACACGUUUCUAGCAAUGCUCAGCACUGUAAACACUUUGCCAGGCAUCAUCCCUCAAGCAUGCUCCUUUCGUCUGCAGCCUCUAGAAGUCUGUGUUGGUGUAGUGCUGAGAGAGUUCCUGCAAGCUCGUUGGAGCCAGCAUGUGACUGAAGCUCCAGAAGACCUGAUUGGUGCUAUGCCUGCUGACCUAGCCCUUCUGUUCUCAGCCUGGAUCCUUGAAAUGCUGGAUGUUCUCGCAGAAAAGCCAGAAUUUCUUCAGCGCUCUUUUGAGCCAGUGUUAAACUCUAAUUCACAAUUGGCACCAGGUGGAUUUUCUGAUUUAGUGCAGAAUCUGACUAAAGCCCUCGUAGUGAAAACAAUCCAGGAACAAGAAUCUGAUGAGUCCGAGGCUGAAGACAAAGGCAGCAACUGAGCAUUUUGCUUUAGAAUAAGAAAGAUGUGCUCAUUAGCUUAUUGAUCAUGUCCCUGACUGUUCUGUUCAUUUCAUGUACACUGUUCUAUCCUCAGUUUCUGCCAAUCUCCAGUGAAUAUCAUGUGUCAGUCCUCAGAGGUGCAGUGUUUAUGAUUUUUCCAUUAUUUCUGCAAUCCCUGUAUAGUCUUAUCAUUUUUCCCCAUGUUGUAAUAGAAUUUCCCAAAGUUAGCUUACCAACUGAGGGUCUUCAACACUGGAACACGUGCUGCAAACCACGUUUGUCACUAUCAUUUACAUGUUGCAUAACAGUCCUAAGAACAUCUUGGUGCACCUUUAAAGUGUGUCCCAAAAUACCUAUUAUAGCCUUGUACAGAUAAAUGCAGUUAUGUCCACUUUGACUGCUGGACUGUUUUAGAGUCCAGCCAAAGUGUUACUGUUCACUUAGUUCUUUAUGAGUACUGCUGUGACGCGUGCACAUUGCAGUUAAGAAGUCGUCCUCCAUGUACAAUUGUUAGAAAUUAUCUACUGUAUUUAGGGCUGUUUGCUCAUAAUUAAAGGGCUGUCCUUCGAUAAUACACAAACCUCAUUUUAUCCCUAAAUGUUUUUUUUCCCUAGAAUUUCUAAAAGGAACUUUUAUUUUGUAAUUAAUAAAUGCAUUGUAAAUGUAAUUUUGAAUGGGUGAGGUUUUUUUUAUUUUUAUUAUUAUUAUUAUUCUGUUAAUGGCAAUUACUCCAUGAAACAUCCUGUAGGUGUUUUGCUGUUGCAGAUUUACAUGAUGCAUCAUGAUCUUGACCACUGCAGCACACGAGUUUGCUUAGUUGUAAAUGAGGGGCCUAACAGACUAGUAGAUGGACGUCCAAUGCAAUUUUAUUUUAACGACACUAAUUUUAUUAACGCACAAUUAAUGAAGUGCGCAUUUCUGACCAUUUAUAUACAAUUUUAAGAAAUUAAAACCUUCAACACAAAACAUUUAUUCAUGUCCUUUUGCCCUUAUAUAUAAAUGUAUAUAGGGCAAUAAAUAUUUUUAUUUAUUUAUAUAACACUUAAGCACCAAAAUCUGCCACGAUGUGAUCCGGCAAUUGAAACCGUCUGUUUGGAAACAGCAAAAGUUCCGUUUGGUGUCCUGAUUAUUUACAUACAUUAAAACAUCAAUUACUUUCAAACAGAAGAAUACUUUGCUUUCACUAAUAAUAAACAAAUUUGCAUAAAGCGUC